AUGGUGCACUUGCCGGACGAACUGAUCAUUGCGAUUGGCAAAGAGGUUCCUGCUGAGCAUGACUUGAACACGCUCGCCCAGACAAAUCGGCGCUUUUUAAGUUGCAUUGAUCCUAUAUUAUAUUCACGGAAGACGAUGGACACAACUUUUUGUGCGAGCCUGGCCGAGCUUCCAACCAUUGCCAUUCUCCGGGCGGUUCAGCAGGGCGGAGAAGACACUCUCCGCAAAGCGCUCAGGUACAACACCGACGGCCUGGACCAGGUGCUGAGGUUCGCUGUAUCCCGCCGCUUUGACAGGCACUUGGCGAUACUCCUGUCGGCAUACUCGGUCGAGCGCUAUGGUACCGCCAUGAUAGAAUGGGCCAUGUUCAAUGCGGCAUUCCGUGGCAGGACGUUUGCGCUCAGGACGCUGCUAGAGUCGGGCCUGAUCGAUCCGUGGCGAGACGAGCUCCUGUCGCGUCUUUUGUGCAGCUCGGUGAGCGGUAACAGCCCAGCGAGCACAAGCUAUCUCCUCAGCAUCGGAGAUUUUGAUCUCGACUACGUGAGCGGCAUUGGUGAGGCGGCACUCGGCAUUGCCGCCAGUCGCGACUUCGUAGAGGUGACGCAGCUUCUUUUGAACACCGGACGGGUCGACGUUGAGAUCACCAGCAGGACAAACCUGGGCUUUACCCCGUUCCUAACCGCCGUGUACCACGGUCACGAGGCCAUUGCCCGGGCGCUUCUGGCCACUGGCCUGGUCGACGUCAACCGCGCCACGGUACACCUACCAGGCCAAACGGCCCUGAUGCUGGCCGCGGCCCGGGGCCACGCUGCCUUGGUCGACAUGCUCCUCGCGCAAGACGGGAUCGAGGUGGAUGCGCGGGACGAUGAUCACCGCUCGGCGCUCACGUUUGCCGCGUCGGGAGGCUGCGAGGCGGUCGUUGAAAUGCUGCUAGCCACAGGCAAGGCUGAUAUUCACGCCCGGGACAGGCUUGGACGGACGCCGCUAUCGCAGGCCAACUCGAAUGGUAAAUUUGCCAUUGUUUGCAUGAUGCUGGACUGGCAGAGAAAUAUGGCGGAUGAAAACGCGUGUUCUACUUAUUAA